AUGAGUGCCAAAGUGAACAUGGAGGCUCCACCCAAAGAAGCCGAUCGCACCCCUUUGGACCCAUCCUCCUCGUCCACCAGCGAGGCUGUCCUCAUCUGCGGGAGUGAUGGUGUGGCCAAGAAGCCUCGGCCCCAGCCUCACACCACCACGGCUUUCCUUCUACCAGCUCCAGCUCCAGGCCAUCAGAAGAUAGAGGUGACUCCAGCUGACCCAGGUAAAGGAGGCAGGGCCAAUGAGACGACCACGCCCACCCUGACAGCACAGGUGGGCGGGGCGUGUAGCAUCGUCCACGUACUCGAGUGGAAGGAGGGGAUGGCCAUCCUGCCCAGCAGCAACCUCAAGUUCUGUGUGAGUGACGUAGGAACACUGAGCACACUGAUCACCCCAGGGACCACCAGCAGCACCACUGAACCAGCAGCCGGGACUUCUGGGAGAUCUGCUGACGCAGAAAGUGCUCCAGCAGACAAACCAGAUGUGCCGUCUCCUGUCGUCUCCGUGAGAGGUGCGGCCGUGGAGCCAGAGAGGUUUGUGUCGGUCAAACCUGAAGUCCAGGCCGGACUGGGACAACAGAGCCAUGAUCCCAGUGCUCAGAGGACCUACACAGAGGAGCUCCGCAGAGAGCCCAUCACUGACAAGAGGAGUGUCGGGGUAGAGAAGGUGCCAGCAGGCGGGAGGGUCUCCUCCCUUAACCCUGAUCACCUGAAACCCAUGAGGAAGAGGAAGAGGAAGGAAUACCUGAGUCCCUCUGAGGAAGACUCUGACAUCGAAGGCACGGAUGAGAAAAUGGAUGAUUCUAAAGCAGAGAGCAGACACAUCAGAGGAGCUGGAGACAGCAAGACAGAGCAGUGGACGUGGGCUCAGUAUCUGGAGGAAUGCAAAGCUGUUGCUGCGCCCAACAAGCUUUUCCAAGAGUCCCAGAGAGUGCCAACAGUGAAGAACGGAUUUAAGCAGGGGAUGAAGCUGGAAGGCAUCGACCCGCAGCAUCCGUCCAUGUACUUCGUCCUCACUGUGGCCGAGGUCUGUGGUUACCGGCUUCGGCUCCAUUUUGACGGCUACUCUGACUGCCACGACUUCUGGGUGAAUGCCAACUCCCCUGACAUCCACCCCACGGGCUGGUGUGAGAGCACAGGACACAAACUGCACACUCCCAAAGGCUGUAAAGAGGAAGAGUUUACCUGGACCAACUACCUGAGAAUGACUAAAGCACAAGUGGCUUCCAAAGAACUCUUUGCCAGUCCUGGGAGGAUCGAUGUGAAAUGCAGUUUUGAGAUAGGAAUGAAGCUGGAGGCCGUCGACCGUAUGAACCCCUCCCUCAUCUGUGUAGCAACCGUCACUGAUGUGGUGGACAACCGUUUCCUUGUUCAUUUUGACAACUGGGAUGACACAUACGACUACUGGUGUGAUUCUAGCAGUCCGUACAUUCACCCUAUUGGUUGGUGCCAGGAAAGGAACCUCCCACUAACACCACCCCAAGAUUACCCAGACCAGGGCCAGUUCACCUGGUCUCGCUACCUGGAGGAGACUGGUUCCAAGGCGGUGGCUGCUGACGCCUUUAAAGUGCGUCCGGCCCACAGCUUCCAGCCUCAGAUGAAACUGGAGGCCGUGGACAAGAGAAGUCCUGGUCUGAUCAGAGUGGCUACAGUGGAGGAGGUCGACACUCAUCGCAUUAAGGUUCAUUAUGACGGCUGGAGUCACGUCUAUGAUGAGUGGAUGGACUCAGACCACCCCGACAUCCACCCAGUGGGCUGGUGUGAGGCGACUGGUCACCCGCUCAAAGUUCCUCCGCGGGACACCAAAACACAGCAGCCACACGGUGUGAGGGAGCCUCCUGCUACAGGUCAGUCCACCUACCCUACCUCUGUUCCCUGUAAACCCAUCAGCCACCCCAGAACGAACAAGUACAGCUUCCACAACAGGAAGUGUCCAACUCCUGGUUGUGAUGGUUCAGGUCAUGUGACCGGUCGUUUCACUGCUCAUCACUGCAUAUCUGGCUGCCCAUUGGCUGAGCGUAACCAGGGCAGGCUGAAGGCUGAUCUGUCAGACUCUGAGUGCAAGAGGAACCUCUUCUUUGGCCAGAGGACCAAGAAGACCCAUUACCGGGGCAGGAUUGGCCGUCCCCCCAAAUACAGGAAGAACCAGCAGAGAGACUACCAGAACAUGUCCUCAGAGGGUGUGUAUCCCUCGCUGUUCAUGUCAGCUCUGAGCAGUCAGUCAGACAGGACCCUGUCUCUGUGCUGGGAGCAGCACUGCAAGCUGCUGCCCGGCGUUCAGGGCAUUCACGCCAGCCAGGUGGUGGCGUGGAACGUCGAGGAGGUCUUCAGGUUUGUCCAGAAUCUAAUCGGCUGUGAAGAACAGGCUCGUGUCUUCAAAGACGAGAUGAUUGACGGGGAGGCCUUCCUGCUGCUGACCCAGACCGACAUUGUGAAGAUCAUGAGCAUCAAGCUCGGACCCGCCCUCAAGAUCUCCAACGCCAUUCUCAUGUUCAAGAGCACAGACGAGGGACUCAAGUGA